AAGUUCUGGCAUUCUCUGGUUCACUUUGUUUCAUUUUCAUUCGAUAUUACGAGCAGUGGUUUUCUGUAUUUCGCUUUGUUUUUCUAGCUAAAAUGUAAAUAUUUAUAUUCAUUCAUUUUUAAUUUGUCUAUUCUCGUGCUGUGACUACUUUAAAAUUGGCUGCAUGUGAUUUAAUUAGAUGGCGAGAAAAUAUGAUCAAAAAGUCAGAGUUAUUGGGAAAAUAAAUAUUGUUGUAAUUUCUCAUGUAUUCCGAGGAUCGUGUGAACGUUUCGUGUACAAAUACAAACACGAAAAAGGACAAGUGUAGUUGUUUGAGCGUGGUAACGAGAAACUAGGCUGUGGUUUUUCGGGGAAAAUUCAUGUAUUCCUUUGAUAUUUCCGUGAUUUUGCUCCGUGUGUAAUGAAUUUCUACUUCAGCCCAUUAAACCAUAAGCAGCAAGGGGAGCUCAAUUUAUGAAAUUCCAAUGCAUUAUUGUGCCAUUUAAAUGAACAUUUUUCAUUUGUUUCUGACUUGUGACAUUUAAAUUAAUUUGUUCCUUGUAAAAUGCAUUUGCGACGGGGUAAAGCGACUUUUAUUGCACACGCAUUGACGCGUACUGUAUCGACAAAAUGGAUAGGUCGACUCGUGCAAAGAAAAACUUGUAUUAUUGGAUAAUUGCUCAACUCAACUGGUGAAUUGAGAAUGACAGAGUAUUGAUUGAUAAAGCGAAUGCGUAAAUUGAAGGCGAUAUAGUAUAUUAUGAUCUGUGGUUCUUGGAAUUCUGUAAAAUCAUUUCAGCGAGUUGUUAUUUUUUUUUUUAAGGAAAAAGUGUUCGAUACUAAAUCGUUUACAUAAAAACGGCAUUUACAUAUUGCCACAUAUGAUAAUUAUAGUAAUUUGAAUAGCAUUCGAGUGAGUGGUUGACUGGCUGGCUGGUUUGACAGUGUCGUUGCUUUGCAACGAUUCAGCCCAUUCAGGACAAAGUACAGGCGCUGAGAGUGGUCAUUGUGCGAACAGAGAAACGACGAAAAAAACACGCAUCAGAAAAAAAUCACAUCUCCGAGAGAGAAGAAUAACAAUCGAGUUUAUAUCGGUUCAUCGGCAAUAAAGUGUGGAACCAGUUCCUAGGCUUAGUGUUUUUAUGUGCCCAAAACCGAAAAAAAAAUAUCGUACUAAAUUCAUAACAUCUCGUGUAAAGCAAACGACUAAAGAAAACAACUAUCUGUAAGCCCAGUGAAUGUGAAUGUGUAGUGAUCAGUGAAAUGAUACAGAAUGAUAAAUUUAGAUUGGAUCUUCGACCAGUCACGAAAUUCAGUUCACAACAUGAUCCACAAUUGAAUUAACGAGCUUCGAAUGAGUGAAUGUGGAGUAAUCGAUGAGGAACAAUAGUGGUCAUAGCCAAAUCGAAUGAUGAAGCGACCAAUUUCAUUUGUGCUACACAUUUGCAUAAUUACGACAAUAUUAUUUUAUUGUUCAAUAUGUACGGAGCAAGUGAAACUCGUGCAAACAACGGCCGGCAUAAAUAUGCCUGCAAACACUUUAUACACAGCGUCAAUUAGCAAUUUUGGAGAUGCGGAGAAUGAACGGAGUGACAACAUAUCGUCGCAAUUGGAUUAUGCGCACAGAAAUGAAUCUAGUCAACGAAUCGGCGACGAUAUCGUAUAUUUACCCAAAUCAACUGGGUAUUAUCUCGAAAAUCACAACGAAAAUAGCGAUACCCAAUCGACCGUUGAGUCACAAUUGCACAAACGGGCGGUUGAACCACAAGAUAUUUGCGAUACGAAUGAAUGCAAGUGCAAAUUCGAAACGAAGUUUUUAACAGUGGAUUGUCAUUUUCAACAACACUAUACGCUUGGUGCUAGCAAAAUAAUUCGACCGUCCGCUGAAACACUGUUGAUUACAUUGUCAUCUGAUGCGGAGUUUACAUUGGAUGCGAACGUGUUCACAAACAAUCGUCUCAACCGGAUCAUGAUACAAGGAAGUGGUUUGGAUUCGGGUCGAGAGCAUGUAGAAAUCUCAUCGAAUGCAUUUAAUGGCAAUGGUGGACCGUUUCCCGAAAUCGAAAUCGUUAAUGUUCACACGGUGAAUAUUCGAUCGAAUGCCUUUUACUUCGAAUUCAAAUUGAACAUUACAAACUGUGCCAAGGUUCGGAUAUUUUCGGAAGCAUUCGCCAAUACAACAUUUCACGGGCACUUUGAAAAUAUACACGAUUUUCAAUUGCUGGAACGUGCAUUUUCCAAAUCGACCGCAAAAGUUACAGUCAACAAUAGUCGUCUGGAUGAAUUGCGACGGCUAGAGGCAUCACUCAAGGAGAUUAAAUUUAGCAAUACUCACAUUGGCACCAUACUCACCAAUACAUUCGAUGUGAUUAAAAUCGAUUCGAUUAUUUUCGAAAACUGUCACAUCGACACCAUUCAGUCGAAUGCGUUCACCGAAAAAUUGUUCAGCAAUCAACUGUCGUUGACUGGCUGCAACAUAGGAACGAUUGAAGCAGCUGCCAUUUCGGGAAGUGGAAUUAGCGAUGUGAUUCUACAUAAUAAUAGUAUCUUAAGCAUCAAGGGAAAAGCGAUCACGCUCACAUCAAUAACCACAUUAAUUCAGGGCAAUAACAUCAGUUUGACGGAGAUUUUUUGGUUUCGCGUCGAAGGAUGGUCAACCGUUGCCAUCGAGAAUAAUCAUUUUGGCAUGUAUGAACGGAUGGGUGUGGAGAUCACGAAGAGUCCAAUUAAAUGCAUAUUCGAAAAUAAUUACAUCACCAAAACGGUGGCCGACAGUCUGAACUUCAAAAGUCCACAUUGUCGUGUUCGGCAAGUUUCGUUCGAUCGCGCGUGUUCAUGCAAUUCGACGUAUUUCCGGCAACUUUCAUACAACGACAUAAGCGCAGACAGUUAUUGCCGAAUCGAUUCCACAUUGUCACACUGUUUCAAUGCGUCACUUUACAAUGUGAAAUCAUACAAGGAUGCCAUAUGUGAUAAUUCCACCCAAAUUGACUGCGUGAAAAAUCGCAUAAAUGCGCGGCCAAAUGGUUAUUUCAUUGAUUUAGAUCGGCUGUUCAAUCGCAGUGAUAAAUUGGUGUACGUUUAUCUGGGCAUCGGAAUUUUGCUAAUCAUUUUAAUAAUCUUCUUGUUAACGUUGAUCAUUCGACGUUGUAUGAGAAGCAAAAAGGAUAUCGACGAUGGGCCGACGCGUGAUAUCAUGCUUAUGGAGAGUUUGCAUCCAAUGACGGCCACAUUAACUACACAACUCUAUAAUCAUCUAGGAUUCUCCGACCCAGAUCUGGUUAUUAUUAAUCAUACUCUACGUGAGAUGAAACGAAAAUAUCCGCCAGAGAUUUAUGACCAAAUCGACAAUAACACGCGGAAGUUGAUAGCCGGUAAUCUGACCGAAACAGACAGAGUGAAAACGAUCGGUGAAAUUGUUCAGUGCUUAAACGAACAUGAAAAUGAAGGAAUCGAUUUCAUCGCAUUUACAGAUAUUUUGUACAAUCAUCUUGGCGCUGGUUGCGAUACAACCCAAACACUACAGAUAAACGGACCAAUUUAUGCAGAACCUGGCCUCGCCCAUCUAGACAUCAUCAACUCAACGAAUGGCGGUAGAAAUAAUCAGAAUUUUAUGGGCGAUAAUGGUGGUUUUGAUGGCGAACACAUCUAUGCAGAGCCGAUAAAUCUUCAGCAACCACUGUUACGGAACGAUUACAAUGUUCCAAUCGAUGUUGAUAGCGCCAGUCAUAUGUACACUGAACCGGUAACCGGUGCCAUAGAUUAUAUUUCAUCACCUCGACCCGUCGUAAACAGUAAGAAUUUUGAUCCAUCACAUUUGUAUGCAUUACCGUCCAAAUCAGCUAUGCGAUCAAAUCCGGCCACCAGUCUGCAGCGAUCAGCAGAAGCUUCGACAAGCUCAUCAUUUUUGACGAACCGUAACAAUUUACCAAAGAUUAGCUGUUUGGGUGAAAAGUUCAAGAACAGCGCACAUUCAUCGUCACAAGAAUCAAACAAUUCCCAUUCGGAUCAUUCGGGCGCCAGCGGCGUAACUCUACCAUUAGAUGAACCAAUUGAAUAUGCGGACGCGUGAACGAACAGAAUUGAGACAUCAUAAUUAUACACAUACAUUUUUUUUUUCAAAUUAGAAGAAGAUGAAUUAGGGCUUUUGUUUGAAAUCAUCUGAAUUUUCAUAUGUAAAUUGUAGCCGACGAAAUCAUCCUUUUUUGAUGAUGUGAUUUUUGUAUAUUUUAUUUAGAAAAUAUUUAUUCCGAUCAUUCGAAUGAUCAGAUUACGUAAAAAAUUUGAGCGAGCUUAAACGGAAUUAUGUUAAAAUUGAAAUUAUUCUUAAUUUUGUGAAAUAUCAAACAUCGAUGGAGAACGUUUUCCGAUGACCAUUUAAUGUAAACAAAGUCAGCUUUAAGUUAUCAUAAAGAAUGAAUAAAGCAAUUAUAUAAGUGAAA